AUGAUGCUCAAACUCGUCCAUCUCCUCGGAGUGCUCGUCUGCGGCAGUCAAGCCGCCCUGCAGGUGUCCAUAUCCUUGAACAAAGUGGAGUUAAGUGUUGGAGAAUCCAAAUUCUUCAUCUGUACAGCUAUCGGCGAGCCCGUGAGGCUGGACUGGUACAACCCGCAGGGGGAGCGCAUCGUGUCCUCCAAACGGAUGGCGCUUCACACAGAGACGUCACGAUCCAGGCUCAUCAUUUACAACGCCAUUAUCGAAGACGCGGGUAUCUACCGAUGCCAGGCCACAGACGCCAGCGGUCACACCGAGGAGGCCUCGGUCGUGCUGGAGAUCUACCAGAAGCUGACGUUUCAGGAUGUUCAGUCACCGCAGGAGUUCCGCCACGGUGAGACGGCGGAGGUGGUGUGUGAUGUCAUUAGUUCACCGGUGCCCGUGGUGGUGUGGUACUACGAGGAUAAGGAAAUCACUGAGGAGCACCACAACAAGUUCCAGGUGCUGCCAAACAACAACCUUCAGAUCCACCAGGUGACCAAGGCUGACGAGGGCGUGUACCGGUGUGAGGCUAGCGUAGAGGCCCGAGGCGAGAUCGAUUUUGUGGACAUCGCUGUGGUGGUCAACGUCCCUCCAGUGUUGUCAGUGUCCCAGCAGUCCUUCAAUGCCACAGCUGACUACCAGGAGUCAGUCACCUUUACUUGCAUCACCUCUGGUUCUCCUGACCCUGUGGUCACAUGGCACAGGAAAGGGCAGCAGCUGGAGCCAUCGGAGCAGUACAUUUUCAACAGGCUGGAGGGUGGGCGUAGCAUGUUAACCAUCCGCAACAUCCGACAGGGCGACGGGGGCACCUACUCCUGCAAGGCCACCAACAAGGCAGGGUCUCAGGAAAGAGAGCUCUUCCUCAAAGUGUUUGUCCAGCCCCAUAUCACCCAGCUGAAAAACGUGACAGCGGUGGAGGGCAGCGCCGCCAUGAUCUCCUGCGUGGCUGAGGGCGAGCCUCUGCCCGACAUUUCCUGGAGGAGAGCCAGCGACGGCCAGACCUUUGUGGACGGAGACAAGGGCCAGGACGGACGUUUUGAAGUCCGUGGUCGUCACGGCAAGUCGGUGUUGACCAUCAGUGGUGUGAGGCUCUCCGAUUUGGGUCGCUUUGACUGUGAGGCACUCAGCAGGAUCGGAGGCCAUCAGAAGAGCAUGUUUCUGGACAUUGAGUAUAUACCAAAGUUCUUGACCAAUCACACCAUCUAUUAUUCGUGGGAGGGGAACCCAGUGAACAUAAGCUGUGAUGUGAUGUCCAACCCUCCUGCCACCAUGCUGUGGAGGAGAGAGCGCUUCACCAUCUCUGCAGAGGGAACUGCCAACACCCAAGUACACAGUGGAGAGGGGAAGUCCGUGCUGGAGGUGACCCCUAUGUCAGACAGGGACUUUGGCCGCUACAACUGCACAGCCAGGAACAACAUUGGAGUUCGAUACCAGGAAUUCAUUCUGGCCCAGGCAGAUGUACCAUCGAAUCCAUACUCGGUGCGUCUGUCAGCUGUCUCCCAGCGCUUGGCGACCGUCACUUUCAUGAAGCCCGACUCACAUGGUGGCGUGCCCAUCAGCUACUACCUGGUCCAGUACAAGGAGGUGGGCUCACAGGACUGGAGGGACGUCAAGUCACACAGUGUCCAGACGACCGUGGUGCUGACAGGGCUGGAGCCCAACACGACGUACGAGGUUCGAGUGGCAGCCGUCAACGGAAAAGGUCAGGGGGAGUUCAGCCACACGGAGACCUUCCAGACUUUACCCAUCCGAGAGCCGAGUCCGCCAGCGGUCCACGGACAGAGAGGAAUGGGCAAGGCCUACAGGCUGGGGCUGGUCAAGCAGGACGAUGGAGGGAUGCCCAUCGUGGAGUAUAUAGUCAAGUACAAAACUAAAGAUAAAGAGGAACAGUGGAUGACCAAGCUAGUCCCAGGAGCAAACGAUUUUGCAUUGCUUCAGCCGCUGCAGUGGAACACAAGAUAUGAAGUGGAAAUCACAGCACGCAACGUCAAGGGCCUGUCGGAGCCUACCUUCUAUCAGUUCUUCAUGCCACAGAAACCUGACAUCACAGCAGAAUCCCUGUUCAGCGGCCUGGGGUUGGGGGCGGUGGUGGGCCUGGGCCUGGGAGCGCUGCUGCUGCUCCUCGUGCUGGUGGACGUCAGCUGCUUCUUCCUGCGUCACUGCGGCCUGCUGAUGUGCAUUACACGCACGCUGUGCAGCAAGAAAACAGCCACCAGCGGCAAGGGCAAAGACAUCGAGGAGGGCAAGGCCGCCUACCUGAAGCUACCGCUGAAGGAAGAAAAUGGAAAAGAGUCUCUCAAGCCGGAUACGAUUGAAAUCAAAGUGCACAGUGACAACAGCAUCCACACAAAGCCCGACGACAGCAAAGCAUAAAAAAAAAAA